AUGGAAUCUUUAGAAAUGUCAUUAAUAAUUGGUACUGCAUUAUCAAAUACUUUAGAUUUUUCAAUGUUUACAUCUUUAAAAAAAUUAAAAUUUAGUAAAUCAUUAAAUUUAUUAUAUAAUUCAAAUCUUCCAAUAGGACUAUACCCACAAUCUUUACAAGAAUUUGAUUUUAUUGAAAAUUCAUUAAUAAAUUUCCCAGAUUUAUCAAUAAUUAAAUCACCAUUUGUUAAUUUAACUGGUAAUAAUUUUACAUCAAUUACAAUUCAAUUUAAUUCAAAUUUUAUUAAAACAUUAGAUUUAUCAAAUAAUCCAACUAUUGAAAAUACAAUUGAUGAUAGUUUUUGUAAAACAAUUACAAUUUUAAAAAAUAAUUUAAUGAAUGGAAUUUUACCAGAUUGUAUUAAAUGUCAUCUUAGUGAUAGUACUAUUUCAUCUUGGUAUUCUGGUAAUAAUUUUGAUUUAACACCAUUAAUUGAAUGUUCAAGUAUAAUUCCAAAAAUGAAAAUUUUAAAUGGUAAUACUUAUUUAUAUGGUUCAAAUUUAGGUUUUUUAUCAAGCUCAAUUAAAUCAAUACCAUCAAUUAAUUUUCAAAUUGAUACUCCAAGUACAAGUUUUUAUUCAACACCACAAUAUAAAACAAGUACACUUUUUAAUAUAAGUUUUACAAGUUCAGGUAGUAAUAAACAAUUUACAGUUAGUAAUGAUCCAUAUUAUCCAACACCGAAAUCAAUUACAUUUAAAUCAAAUUCAUUGGUUGAAUUUAUUGGUGAAUAUUUUACAUAUGAUAAAUCAAUAGUAACAAUUUUAUUUGAUUCAACAGUUAAUUGUAGUCCAAUUGAAGUUGAUUUUUAUAGAAUUUUAUGUAACUUAACUACAACACCAUUACAAAGUAAUUCAAAUAUUCCAGUUACAAUUAAAAUUGAUAAUCUUUCAAGUUCAUUAAAAUUAAAUUCAAAUUCAAUUGGUGUUAUUAAUCCAAUUGAAAAUUGUAAAGAUAGUUGUAAUAGAGGUGGUUCAUGUAAUUUUGAAACAUUAAAAUGUCAAUGUGACCAAUUACAUUUUGGAGAAUAUUGUGAGAAUAAAGCAAUUCAAUGCAAAGAUCCAACAUGUGGUGGUAUUGGUAUUUGUGAUAAAACAAUUGGUCAAUGUGAUUGUGGUUUAUUUAAUACUGGUGAAAGUUGUGAAUUACCUGCUCAUUGGGUAAGUUCAAUUGAACCACCUUUAGAAUCUGGUGGUAUUGUAAUAUUAAAUGGUUAUUUCGGUAAUCAACAUUCAAAUCUAUCUGUAACGAUUGGUGGUAACCAACCAUGCACAAUUAGUAAUACUUCCCCACCAACUAUAUCAACUAUAACUUGUUCAAUCGGUCCUGGUGUUGGUAUUAAAAAUAUAACAGUUAUUCAAAAUACUGUAACAUGGUUUAGUAAUUCAAUGUUUCAAUAUUUUAAUGAAAAUUAUCAUUGUCCAAAUGAUUGUUCAAAUCAUGGUACUUGUAAUUCAAGUAGUGGAAUUUGUAGUUGUACAAGUGAUUGGUCAGGUUUUGAUUGUAGUUCAAAAUCAAAUCAUCAAACAAAUACAACCAUUGAUAAUGGUUCUGUUACACUUUCAAAUCAAGAUACUAUUUAUUCAAUUUCAAUUUAUAAAUUAAUUGAAAUCGAUUUAAAUGGUAAUAUAAUAAAAGAAUUUAAUUUUACAAAUAAUUUAUCAUGGGAUAAGUCAGUUAUAAUUGAUCAAAUUACAAAUUCAAAAAUUAUUAAAUAUAAUAAACAAAUCAUUUAUGAUUCUACAAAUUUAAAAUCAACAAAUAUAACAACAACAUUUGAAGAAGUUACUAAAACUUCUGAAAGAUCAUUUGCUGGUGUUAAUUUUCAAUUGGAAAGGGGUUCUGUUAAAUUAUCAAUUUCAAUUACAAAUUAUCCUUAUAAAAAUUAUUUAAAUUCAUUACAACUUUUAUUAAAAUCAGAUUCAACAAAUGAUAAUAAUUGUGAUGAUGAUGAUAAUCAAACAAAUUUAGAAAAAGCUCAAAGUCAAAAUUCUCAAUUAGAUUAUAUUACAAUUAAAAAACAAGAUAAAGUUUUAAAAGGUCGUUUCAUUAAUCGUGUAAUUUCUGAUGAUAGAUCUACAUUUAUAACAAAUUCAAUUAAUCAAUCAGAGUCAUCACCUGAUCAAAUUAUUAUAACUUUUAAUUUACCUCAUUGUACAAAAGAAUGUCUUUUAGAUCCUGGUAUGUAA